AUAAGAAAAAUUCAACAAAUAUUUCCAGUGUUUGACGAUCCAGCUCAGGGCCGACAUCAUGAGCCCAUAGGACAUAAACAGUUAAAAGAUCUUGCAGAGUCAGUUAGGACAUAUGGGACUAAUGCCUCCUUUACUCAGGCUCAGGUAGAGAGGCUCACUGCUUAUGCAAUGACUCCUGCAGAUUGGUAUAAUACAGUGAAAGCCUGCUUAACAAUGGGACAAUAUCUUGAUUGGAAAUCUAUCUAUCAAGAUGCCUGUGCCGCUCAGGCUAGACAAAAUGCUGCUAAUGGUCAGCCAUUUUGGACUUAUGAAAUGUUGACUGGCCAGGGACAAUGGACGGUUAAUCAGACGGCCUACCCUGUGGAGGUAUAUGGACAGAUUAACCAGAUAGCUGUACGAGCAUGGAAAAGCCUGCCCAAUAAAGGAGAAGUUACUGGCAACUUAACAAAAAUAGUUCAAGGCAUAAAUGAACCUUUUUCGGAUUUUGUGGCAAGAAUAAUGGAGGCUGCAGGUAGAAUUUUUGGAGACCCUGAUACUGCUAUGCCCCUUAUAGAACAGCUUGUUUAUGAGCAAUGUACAAAGGAGUGUAGAAAUGCUAUUACACCAUGGAAAGGAAAAGGGCUUAAUGCCUGGAUGAAAGCAUGCAGAGAGAUAGGAGGUCCUUUGUCUAAUGCGGGGAUAGCAGCAGCUGUCCUUGCUGCAAAGAGGAUUAGAGACAUUACUUGCUAUAAUUGUGGGAAAAGAGGACACAUAAAAAGGCAGUGUAAGAGUCAGAUUCCAGGAAGUCAAGACAGAGUUAAUGUACAGAAGAAAGUUCCUGGGAUGUGUCCACGUUGUGGGAAGGGUAAACAUUGGGCCAAUGAGUGUAGGUUAGUUAAAGAUAUUAAGGGGAGAGUGCUCACAAAUGAUUCUAAUAGCCAGCCAAAAAACGGACAGAGGGGCCCUCGACCCCAGGGCCCUCAAAUGUAUGGGGCCAUGAAUGUCGAGCCACCCAAGGUAUCCAUGAGGCCACCGGGGAGCCACGGAGAGCCACUCUGGGUUCCGCAGGGUUGGACCUCUGUGCCACCACCCGAGCAGUAUUAACACCACAAAUGGGUUGUCAACCAAUCCCCUCUGAUUUUAAAGGACCCCUGCCCUCUGAUACAGUAGGCUUGGUGCUAGGACGCUCAUCUUCUGCUCUGAAAGGCUUAAUUGUUCACCCUGGAGUUAUAGAUGAGGAUUAUGAAGGACAAGUAAAAAUUCUGUGCU